AUCGACCGCCGAUCGAUCCAAUGCAUCUCGGAUCCGAUUUGAAAAGCUUCGCCGCUGCGAGUCCUUCGCCCGCUGAUGAAUUGGCGCUCGAGGCGCCCGUUGCGAAUGGAGGAGUAUUGACGCAGCACCGCGAGGAAAUGUGGCGAGCAAGGGAGGAAUUCGUCGCGCGUCCCAUUAUUCUGAGCUUCGAGGUCACUGCUGCUGCUGCUGCUGCUGGAGGAGGAGGAAGAGGAGAGCAGGCGAGCAUUUUGCGAGGGGUGGGGCGAUCGAGACGACGACGAUGAUGCGAUGGUUCGUGCAGGGAGAAAGUUACCGACUAGAGAAGUGACUUCUGCUUUGGAUAUUGAAAGCUACUUUUGAACAUCUAUUCGUAACCAUGAGAUCAGCGGAGUUUUUUGACUUCUAGACAGAUUCUGCAGUUUAUUCUCCUGUUAUCUUGGAAUAUGGACCUGAAGACGGUAGUGUACAAACGUCGCCCAAAGAAGAAGAGUGUUUCAGAUGUGCCUGAUGCCGAAGCGGCCGAGAUAAUAUCUGACAUUGACACAGUCCAGAUUCCUCGCAAUGCCGGAUCCAGAUCUAACGAUGGGGCGAAACCUGUGAGCGGUGGCAAGAAAAACGACAGAAAGAGUUGGGUUGAUCAUUCGCUGUCAAACAGAGGAAGACGAAGCAGUCUGAGUUUUGGAGAAGCAUACGAUCUUUCCACAAUGGCUUUCAAAUGGAUAGACUCAGUGGGGUCUCGUUUCAUACCAGAUUGGGGUUCCAAGAAAAAGAAGAAACAAGGAAAUAGUGAUCGCAGUGGAACAGUGAAAAAAUCAUCGAUGGCCAACCGCAGCAAAAGGAUCGAACCCCCGGAGGAUUUUGUCCAAGAAAAGUUGGCCAUGUUUGCUGAGAUCGAUGCCUUUGAUCUGCAAUCGGAAGAAGAGAGAUGUACGUGGAGUCGCCAGCACGAAGCUUAUGUUGACUUCCCCAAGGAACUUGGUCCGAAGAAUCGGCAACGGAAAGGCGCUCUAGAGAUUGUCCCAGAAGCCGGGUCGGAGGAGCUUAGCUCAGAAAGCCUAAGUGCAGCGCUGAGUGCAGCCCUGCAAUCUCCAGAUUCGGUCAGCGCCCAUUAUGCAGGUCGCAGGGAUUCUGUUACCUCGAAGGGACGCAUUGAAACGCUUGACUUCAGGCUCAGACACGAUGGCUUCGAUCAAGCCAGGGAACCAUCUGGCGACGCCUUUGUGCGCACGGAAGUUGUGCAUGGAUGGAAUCUGGAUUCUGAUGAUGAGGAAGAUGUGAAAUCCAGGCCCAGGUCAUCAGACUCUAGAAGAUAUUCUGCUGAAAGCGAAGCGAGCGAGAGGAGACUUACAGCUGAGAGGAAUCCGGACGACAGGAGAUUUUCAGCUGAAAGUAUAUCGAGCAAGGGUAGAUUAUCCGACGGAAGUAGAUCAGAGCAGAACCUAUAUUCAGGGGAUGUAGAUGUUUUGACUUCUGGUCUAAGAAGUUUACAAGUUGGCGAAAACUUCCGCGUAAGCACCGGAGAACGGCUUAAGUCUUUGGUGGAGGAUGGUGAGGAUGAGGAAGGUUGCAGUGAGAGCGAAGAGGCCGAAGACUCGGAAGAUUCGCUGCCUUUUGGAGAGCUACUUUUAGGAACAGACCUUCUUCCAAUCUUUGAGGCCUUAAUGAAGGAAUGUCACCAAACCCGACCAUUAUCCCUAAGAGAAGCCAUUUCCAAUUUCUGUGACAUCUCGGACAUAGUGAAGUUAGGCGAAGGGACAUUUGGUGAAGCUUUUAAAGGUGAUGGUUGCGUCUUCAAGAUUGUUCCCAUGGAUGGGGAGACUCUGGUGAAUGGAGAAGUUCAAAAGACAUCUGCAGAGAUUUACAGUGAGGUGCUCUUGACGAACACUCUCACCCGUUUGCGCUGUGUCAAAAGUGAUGCCUCUUCCAGAAGUUCAAAUUUUUGUACAAAUUUCAUCGAGACUAAACGUAUUUACAUCUGUCAAGGGACCUACGAACAGGAGCUGAUUAAAGCCUGGGAAGAUUGGGAUGCUAUUCGUGCUUCAGAUAAUGAUCAUCCGAUGAUUUUCCCUCAAAAGCAGCUGUUUGUCGUUUUUGUGCUGGCAGAUGGUGGUAUAGAUUUAGAGACAUUCGUUCUCUUUAGCUUCAAUGAGGCACGCAGCAUUUUGUUUCAAGUCGUGCUCGCUCUGGCCGUUGCAGAGGAGGCCUGUGGAUUUGAGCAUCGUGACUUGCACUGGGGAAAUAUCGUGCUAGCUAGAGAUUACAAAAAUGAGUAUGGCUACUACAAGUUACUGGAUAAAGACAUACGCGUCAAAACAUUUGGUGUUUCCGUCUCAAUAAUUGACUUCACCCUGUCACGUAUUGACACCGGCAAGCAAGUGUUUUUCUGUAAUCUAUCGAAUGAUCCAGAGCUUUUUGAAGGUCCCACACGAGAUGUCCAGUCCGACACUUACCGAAGGAUGCUGAAUCUGACCGAGGGCCAUUGGGAAGGAAGUUUCCCCAAGACCAACUGCUUUUGGAUCCACUAUGUGACCGACAUUCUUCUGAACAAAAAGUCUUUUCCUGCUUCUUCGCAAGAGAAACGUGCCCUGCGGUCCUUCAGCAAACGAGUUUUGCUUUACGAUUCAGCAAAUGCAGCAUCGUCAGAUGAUUUUUUUCAUGAUCUGAAGAUCGUCUAAAGCGUGUAGUAUAGUUAGCAGCCUUAGGAACUCGGCAUUAUACCGAUAUGUACAAACUCCCAGAUUGUUUUCAACGAAGUCCCACUUUCCCAUGGGUAUUCCUUUU